AUGACGAUAUCCUUUCAUUCUGCGAGUCAGACCUCAAGUACGGAAUGCCUUCUGCCACGCGAGCCACUCUUAAGCCCGCCCUCCUCACAUCAUUCUUCCAAAGAUGUGCCGUUCAAAGCGGAGGAAGGCAAUCGAGUUAGUCUGAAUAUGAGAAGGAAGAGGAGGUCUAGCCAUGAUGCUUCGCGUCAACUAUGGCAGCAGGCUUUCAAUGGAAGCGAGCAAGAUGUUCGCGACAAAUCUCAGAGAAGACGGAAGAAACAGAAGAGGAGUGUUCGGCGAUCAUCAAUGCAAAGAUCAGUAUCUCUGCCUUUGCUGCAACCUCGAUUGACACAUGGUACGAUUGAAUUGCUGUCCCAUGCGGGUUCGAAACGACGGCCCAGAAGAUGGACAGUCUCCAGCAAAGCUCCCUCGACCAGAGGACUUGCGUCUAUUCUUCCCGCCGAUCCAGGUGAGCAGACUCGACGUUUGUCAGAAGAAAGUCUACGCCAAAGUCCAGCGAUGAUCACUCUACGGCGGGCUACGACGAGUACAGGUCCAAGAAGGAUGUCGUUGACAUCUUUUCCACCUCCUCAGUUUGGCCGGUAUAGUAAUGGUUUCCUGUCAUCAUUUCUCAACUCUAUCAUGCCCAAGGAGCCAGGGGAUUCGAACCAGCAGCCGUCUUUCUCGAGGGUGUCGACAGAAUCUCACCGCCUGCGGUCGGCAUUGAUAAGGAACACCGAGGCCCAACCGUGCGUCAGUACAACAGCACCGGUGGUCUGCACCGAGUUGAUCAUGAUGGGCGUACAAGGUUCCAAUUCGAGUGGGAUACUGAAGUGUGAUCCCCAGCGCCGAUGCUCGACACGUUUUGUGUCGGAUGACAAUGUGUAUGAGAUUCUCUGGGAAGAAGACGCGUCAUCGACUAGUUCCGAAGGGCUUACCAUUCCUAAAAUCGACCAGUGCUCUUCUGACGAACGUCGAAUUUCGUCAGCAGUAGAUGAGUUGCAAUCUCAGCUCUCUCGGGCGUCGACGAGACGAAACUCCGUACAGGUCGCCGUGGCAGGAAGCCGGCGUGAAGCGCAUGAUGAUGAGAAUCAAUCUCAAGCCCUAUUGAAAAGGCUUGCGAAUUCUCAAGUUUCCAGGUUCAUAGGUGGGAAACUUCUUCAGGAUCUCCCUGGGACUAAAGCAUCAAGGGCUGAGCAGUGGAAAUCUUGUGUCAGUCAGGGCCAUGAAGAUGGCGUUCGAGAAAGGCAGCUGUCUCAGUCUGGUGAUAAUAAUGGCAACCAAGUCGAUUUCUUCCCUCCAGUUAGAGGCCGUGCAGAUACG